CAUAUAAGGUGUUUUACCACACCGAUACAUAUUAUACGCCUUUCGAAGCUUUUAUCGAAUUACUCUACAGCUAGUUGAUUUGCAGGAGCAGCUCCUGCGACCUUCAAGAUGGCGAUGAACAUCGAUAUGUCCCAGGCUCAGGUCGUGAAAGACGAGCAAGGCCGACCAUUUAUUAUCGUUAGAGAUCAGGGAAAGAAGAAGAGACAACAUGGCAACGAAGCUGUCAAAUCUCAUAUCCUUGCCGCCCGCACAGUCGCCAACAUCGUCAAGACCUCAUUAGGACCCCGCGGACUCGACAAGAUCCUCAUUUCCCCAGACGGAGACAUCACAGUAACCAACGAUGGUGCCACCAUCCUCGGCCAAAUGGAGAUCCAAAACCACGUCGCAAAACUUCUCGUCGAGCUGUCGAAAUCACAAGACGAUGAGAUAGGUGAUGGAACAACGGGUGUUGUCGUUCUGGCUGGUGCUUUGUUGGAGCAGGCAGCUGAGCUGAUUGAUAAGGGAAUCCACCCUAUCCGGAUAGCAGACGGCUACGACCAGGCGUGCGAUAUUGCUGUUGCAGAGCUGGAUAGGAUCGCAGACACAAUUGAGUUUUCGCCAGAUCACAAGGAUAACCUGUUCAAGGUGGCACGGACGAGCUUAGGAAGCAAGAUCGUGUCGAAGGCACACGACCAGUUCGCCCAGAUCGCCGUUGACGCCAUUCUCUCCGUCGCCGACCUCGAGCGCAAGGACGUCGACUUCGAGUUGAUCAAGGUGGACGGCAAGGUUGGAGGUUCGCUUGAGGACUCUCUGUUGGUCAAGGGUGUUAUUGUGGACAAGGACUUCUCGCACCCACAGAUGCCGUCCGAGGUUCGCGAUGCCAAGAUUGCGAUCCUGACGUGCGCGUUCGAGCCCCCGAAGCCGAAGACGAAGCACAAGUUGGACAUCACGUCGGUGGAGGAGUUCAAGAAGCUCCAAACCUACGAGAAGGACAAGUUCACGGGCAUGAUCAAGCAGAUCAAGGAUACGGGAGCUAACCUGGUUAUCUGCCAGUGGGGUUUCGAUGACGAGGCGAACCACUUGCUGUUACAGAACCAGCUGCCCGCUGUAAGAUGGGUUGGCGGCCCGGAGAUGGAGCUUAUCGCCAUCGCGACAAACGGCCGCAUCGUGCCGCGCUUCGAGGACCUCUCCGAGGCGAAGUUGGGCAAGGCUGGCGUUGUCAGGGAGAUGAGCUUCGGAACCACGAGGGAGAAGAUGCUCGUGAUCGAGGAGUGCGCCAACACCCGCGCUGUGACCGUCUUCGUCCGCGGUAGCAACAAGAUGAUCAUCGACGAGGCCAAGCGCUCCCUCCACGACGCCCUCUGCGUCGUACGCAACCUUGUCCGUGACAACCGCGUCGUGUAUGGUGGUGGUGCCGCCGAGAUCGCGUGUUCGAUUGCCGUCGAGGACGCGGCUGUGUCGUCGCCUGGCCUGGAGCAGUACGCCAUGCGCGCCUUCGCCGAUGCGCUGGACCAGAUCCCAAUGACUCUCGCCGAGAACUCUGGCUUAUCGCCUAUCGCCGCGCUGGCGAGCAUCAAGAGCCGACAGGUGACGGAGAAGAACUCGAGGCUGGGUGUCGACUGCAUGCAGACGGGGAGCAACGAUAUGAGGGAUGCGUUUGUGAUCGAUCCGCUCAUUGGGAAGAGGCAGCAGCUUAUGCUGGCGACGCAGCUGUGCAGGAUGGUGUUGAAGAUCAAUAAUGUGAUUAUUGCGGGGACCGGGGAGGGCGAUUAUUAGGUGGGUUCUCUCGGGAUGGCAUGGGGGCAUGUACAGUAUCAUAAUUGGGAUGGCUGUGUAUGAUGGAUAGAUAGUGUCUAUCUAUAGAUGAAAAGCUACCAAAAUGGGACCACGAAUUAGAGGAGCUUUAUGUGUUCUUUGUGAUCCAGCAUGUCUUCCUAUUUCCUGCAGUUUGAGG